UCAUAUAGAUAAUGGCCAAUGGGGCUUUAGUGGAGAAGAUGUAGUUUGACCACCAAAAGUCAAUCAAGGUUGCUUCUAACCUUCUAUUGGAUCAAAUCAGCUCCACUAUUCACUAUUUCAACAAAUAACAAUCAAACCAUACAAAAGUUCCAUUUUUUGCUUCUAAGCAACCAAAACAUGGUUGCUGUAUUCAACAAAGAACUCUUAAGCUGGUACCUAAUCACCCUCAAACUCAAAGAAACAGUAGAUGCCGGAAUCCCAACCUCUAGCCGUUCCAUCCAGUCCCCGACCCAACAGCCAUCUGAUGCACUGCAUAUCGAGAUCAACGGUGAGCCCGAGAGCCAGAAACACGGGCCCAAAUCACCAGAAUCCGAUUGGAUGAUCACGGUCCGAGAAAAGCUAGAGCUAGCCAAAAAGGAUGAUGUGGCUGGAACAUGGGGAAAACUAUGCAUAUACAAAGUCCCUCAGUAUCUAAAAGAUGGUGAAGACAAAGCAUACAUCCCAAACAUCGUCUCAUUAGGCCCAUACCAUCACGGCAAAAAACGUUUACGCAACAUGGACCGACAUAAAUGGCGCGCGUUUUACCAGAUUCUUAAACGAUGCGAUCAGGGUCCGAAACUGUUUCUGGAUUCGAUACGAGAAGUUGAAGAACGUGCACGCGAAUGCUACGAAGGACAGGUUACUAUAAGCAGCAACGAGUUUGUCGAAAUGAUGGUUCUCGACGGGUGUUUUGUUCUCGAGCUUUUUCGUGGGGCGGCUGAGGGGUUUAUGAAGCUCGGUUAUUCUCGAAGUGAUCCGGUUUUCGCUAUGCGGGGGUCUAUGCAUUCGAUUCAACGGGAUAUGAUAAUGCUAGAGAAUCAGAUACCUAUGUUUAUUCUUGAUCGGUUACUCGGGUUGCAAUUCGGUCAACCCGACCAGAAAGGGUUGGUGGCGAAGCUGGCGUUACAGUUUUUCGAUCCGUUGAUGCCAACGGAUGAACCGUUGAGUAAAAGCGAUCGGAACAAAAUGGAAUCGUCACUCGGGUAUGCGAGCCCGUUUGACCCGUUGUCCGACCAAACUUAUCUUCAUUGUCUCCAUGUGUUUAGACAGAGUUUGUUGCGGAGAGGGCCGCAAAUGGAACCGCGAAGAUGGAUCAAAAGAUGGUCGCAUAGUAGCCGUGUGGCCGACAAACGUAGGACGCAACUUAUUCAUUGUGUAACCGAGCUUAAAGAAGCCGGGAUCAAGUUUAAGAAGCGAAAAACUGACCGUUUUUGGGACAUUAAGUUCAAAAACGGGGUUUUAAAGAUCCCGCGGCUAUUAAUCCACGACGGGACCAAAUCGCUUUUUCUUAACCUUAUUGCCUUCGAGCAGUCACAUUUAGAUUGCGGGAAUGAAAUAACCUCGUACGUGAUCUUCAUGGACAAUUUGAUAAACUCGCAGGAGGAUGUCGGGUACCUACAUUAUUGCGGGAUUUUUGAGCACUGGCUAGGGAGCGAUGCUGAUGUGGCGGAUCUGUUUAAUCGGUUGUGUCAAGAAGUUGUGUUCGACAUCAACGAUAGUUAUCUUUCGGAGUUGUCCGAAAAGGUUAACCGAUUUUAUAACCAUCGGUGGAACGCGUGGAGAGCGAGUUUGAUGCAUAACUAUUUUAGUAACCCGUGGGCGAUUAUAUCGUUUAUUGCGGCCGGGAUUCUGUUGAUACUAACAACUGCGCAGACGUUUUAUGGUGUUUAUGGGUAUUACAAGCCACCUUCUUGAUGUUGUUGGAUUGCAUAUAUAGUUUGAUGGUUUUUGUUUGUCACAUAAUUGGGUAUGAUCUUCAUGGGUUUGCUAAUAGUUUGAUGGUUUUUUUUUUUUAAUAUUGUUUUUUUGGGGAUGAAAAUAUAAAUGUUGGAAAUAUUUAUAGAGUUAUGUGCUUAAGAUGCAAUUCUUGCAUAAAAAAUAUUUGUAAAAAUGUUUUGGUAAGUGUUGGAAACUGGAAAA